AUGAAAUUUGAAAAUCAGAUUCCACCGGAAGCACACUUUGGCAUAAAUAAUGAUAUAACACAAUUUUUCGAAAGGGUACACAAAUAUCCCUUGGAUUUGGAAAUACGUUCCAAUUAUUCUCAUGUGAUUCAACAAUGUUUGAAUACGGAGUUCGAACGGAAAUAUAAUUUGAAUUUGAGAACAUUUAUAGAAUAUUGCGAGAGACGGCCAGAGGACAAAAGUCAUAAGGAAAAUGACCUGGCCGAAAGAGCUUUGUAUAAAAGUUUUAAGGUCAUUUUACUGCUGGUCGCACUUUCAACAUUUUUUGAUUAUUUUCUGAAGAUGCAGCAGUCGGUGGAAAGUCAAACUAAUGAAUUUUAUCAAACGAAUUUAGAGAAACCAGUCUGGCGUUUGCUGACCUCCUUCUCACUCACCCGCAACUAUUAUCGCCUGAUACAGCCAUAUCGUGGUGAAAUUGGCCAACAAUUUGCCUAUCUGGAUGGUAUGCGUUCCGCCUGUACAUUGUUUGUGUUGCGGGGCCAUUCAAUCUUCUUGGAAUUUGAACAUGUCCAAAAUCCAAAAUAUUUUGAAGAUUUUGGAAAAAACACAGCGGGUCUGAUGGCUCUUAACGGGCCAGUUGUCAUUGAGAUAUUUUUGGUAAUGAGUGGUCUGCUGUUGCACUUGAAAUUCUCACAGGCCCGUUUUGUGACGCCCCACAGCAGUUGGAAGAGAUGUUUGAGUGUGUAUAUCUUCAUUUUAAUCAGUCGGUACAUGAGAUUCCUUCCCACACUGAUUGCAUUGAUUGGAAUAAAUGCCACAAUAAUGACAAGUUUUGGCGAUGGUCCCUUUUGGCGUCACAUAAUCGAACCGAGUCGCACAUUUGGUCGCGAAAAUUGGUGGAAAAAUUUAUUGCUCAUAAAUAAUUUCUCACCUCCGGACACUGCCAGUCCUCACACCUGGUAUUUGGCUGCAGAUUUUCAAUUAUUUUCCCUAUACACCCUGGUAAUGAUUGUCAUGUCCUAUUCGAUCAAUAACCGAAUUUAUUAUCCCAGGACCUAUCGUUACGGUUAUGUCAAGGAUUUUGAAACCUUUGGUCACACCUAUACACCUUUUUAUACAAAUUUGGGUGGUUAUCUCUUUGGCCUGUUGUGUGCCCUAGUCAGUGAAUUCUGUCGCUUGCCAAUAUUCCGAGUUUUUGCCCGUCUCUCUCCACAAAUUUAUUUGUGGCAUUGUUUGAUACUGCAGGCAACAUCUGCCUAUCAUCGUCAACCUCAUUACAUGAACUUAAUGUAUUAUAAUUGCCAAACCAUCAUCACAACGGUACUCUCAACGGGAGUGGCAUUUUUCGGUUAUUUACUGUUGGAAAUUCCAUUUGCCCAAGCUUUUGAGGCGCUUAUGAUGCUUGAAAAAUCGAGUGAUAAAGAUUCCCAAAAGGAUUUUCCUCCUCUCUACACCUUUGAUGAUUACGAUUUAUGCCUGAAAAAUCGUUCAACCCAACUACCGCCCACCUAUUGUAUGAUCUAUGCAGAGGUCCAACCAGAUAAUUCAUCCGAACUAUGGCAAGCGAUUUUGGAACAUAAUAAUUAUCGAUAUAAUUACCAUUAUGAUCGUCUGUUCUUUGGUGUGUGCCUGAAACGCUGCCUGAAUGUGGUGGGACACAUUGCUGAGAAUAUUACGUAUCCUCCAGAGAAUUUUACCAUCGAUAAUGAGAUAACCGAAUAUUUUGAAUAUGUCCAACGGCGACCCUUGGACAUUGAAAUCCGCACAAAAUAUGCUUCAGUUAUUCACAACUGUUUAAAUGCCGAAUUUGAACAAAAGUAUAAUUUAAAAUUGAAGACAUUCAUUGAAUAUUGUGAAAGUCCCAGUGUGGAGACUGCAGUACAAGAAACAGAUUUGGCGGAAUCAAUUUUAAAGAAAUUCUUUAAAACCCUACUUUUAUUGGUGGCCCUGUCAACAUUUUAUGAUUAUUUCCUAAAGACUCGCCAAACGGAUGAGAAUCUGCGCAAAGAUUUCUAUAAAAAUAAUCUUCAUUUUCCAUUAUCGCGCAUUUUCACCUCGUUUUCGCUAACGCGCAAUUACUAUCGCCUAACACAGCCCUAUCGUGGCGAUUUGGGUCAGGAUUUUUCCUAUAUCGAUGGUUUGCGUUCGAUGGGCACCCUGAUUGUGGUGAAUGCUCACACCUUCUAUUUGGAAUUUAUGCAUGUGAAAAAUCCGGAGUUUUUUGAAGCCAAUGGUCAAUCUACAGCAGGUCUAAUGACUCUCAACACAUCGACAGUCAUUGAAAUAUUUAUGGUCAUCAGUGGUCUGUUGUUGAAUGUGAAAUUUACGACGGGACGUUUUGUUACCCCACACACGAAUUGGAUGAAAUGUGCGCAAGUGUUCGUGUUCAUUGUUCUGAGUCGGUUAAUGAGAUUUUUGCCUUCUGUGGGAAUGUUAGUUUGGGUAAAUGUCACAGUUUUGAAGAAUUGGGGAAAUGGCCCCUUCUGGCGUCACCUCACCGAACCGGGGCGCAUUUUUGGCCGCGAAGGUUGGUGGAAAAAUCUCUUUAUGUUGAAUAAUUUUUCAAUGAAAGACACAGUGAGCGCCCACACAUGGUAUCUGGCAGCGGAUUUUCAAUUGUUUGUCCUUUACACUUUGGUGUUAAUAUUGAUUUCAAAGUAUCCACAAUUCAAGAAAAGUGUUUAUGGAAUAUUGGCAGUACUGGCCAUUCUUAUACCCACUAUGGUGUGCUAUUUGAUGAAGUUAGAUGCAAGUUUCGUUGUGAGACCAGAAGUCUAUCGCUAUGGUUUUAUGAAAGAUGCCGAUACAUUUUACUAUCUUUAUACGCCCUUUUACAAUAGUUUGGGUGGCUAUCUCGUUGGCAUGCUGUGUGGUGAAUUUUAUUUGUUGUAUUCACAAAAUGCGGAGUUACGUGAAAAAUGCCAACGUAUAUUGAAAUAUGAAAUAUUCGCUUGGCUUUUGGUACCGCUCACAAUGGCGGGAAUUAGUUAUGUGGGUAGCAUAACAAAUUUUAUGCAGCCCUCCAUAUGGACAGCAUUGUUUGCUGGUUUAAAUCGUAAUAUAUGGAAUAUCAUUGUUUGUGGUAUACCCGUUGUUGUGAUGGCCUGUAAGCGGGGAAAGAUCAUCUAUGACUUUUGCCGCCUGCCAAUGUUUAGGAUCUUUGCCCGUUUGUCAUUUCAAAUGUAUCUGUUUGAUGUUUUGAUUUUACAAUUAACGAAUGGCCAUCAGAGACGUCCGCAUCAUUUGAGUGAUUUGUAUUUUAAUGGCCAGGCCCUCAUCUCAAUAAGCUUGUUAAUCAUUGUGGCAUUUUUUGCCUGUUUACUGAUCGAGUAUCCAUUUGCGCAAUUGUUUAAUGCCUUGCAAAUUGGCAGGAAAAGAACGGGAAAAGUGGAAAUAACAAAAGGAAGUCCAUAGCUUGAAAAUCUGCAUAACAACCACCCAACAAAUGAAAGUUCAAUAAUUUGGGUUUAUUGUUUUAAAAAAAAACUUUAAAUGCAAUUGUAAAUAAUAAAUUGUAAGAGAUUUUAUAUAAUUAUUUAAAACCUAUUAUUAUUUGAUGAAAAU